AUUAUAGGCGGUAAAAAAAUUUGUGGAGACGUGUAAAAGGCUGGUGAGAUUAUUUAGAGCAAGAGUGUUUGUACGUAAGUUUUACCAUAUAUGCUGAGGAUAAAACCGCGCAAGGUGUAGAGGGGAGUUGAUAUAAAGAGUGGAACAAGUGUCCCAGUGGCCACUUCGUGAAGACAUCCAAGUAUUGCGAUUUAUUUUGUGUGCUCUAGUCAAUUGGGAAUUUUAUUCUGUGAGGAUUUUUUUAAAUUUAUUCAAAUUGUGAGGAACAACAUGUGCGACGACGAUGUGGCUGCACUCGUGGUGGACAAUGGGUCCGGUAUGUGCAAAGCUGGAUUCGCUGGAGAUGAUGCACCUAGAGCUGUAUUUCCCUCCAUCGUCGGACGUCCCAGAUAUCAAGGAAUAAUGGUGGGCAUGGGCCAGAAGGAUUCAUACGUGGGGGACGAGGCCCAGAGCAAAAGAGGUGUCCUAACUGUCAAAUACCCAAUUGAACACGGUAUAGUGACAAAUUGGGAUGACAUGGAAAAAAUUUGGCACCACACAUUUUACAACGAGCUGCGUAUUGCCCCGGAGGAGCAUCCAGUUCUUCUGACUGAGGCCCCCCUCAAUCCAAAAGCCAAUCGUGAAAAAAUGACCCAAAUUAUGUUCGAGACUUUCAAUUCACCAGCGAUGUACGUCGCCAUUCAAGCUGUUCUAUCUCUCUACGCAUCCGGAAGAACAACUGGCAUUGUCUUGGACAGUGGUGAUGGUGUUUCCCACACUGUACCCAUUUACGAAGGGUAUGCACUGCCGCACGCAAUUCUUCGUUUGGAUCUUGCUGGUAGAGAUUUGACGGAUUACUUGAUGAAGAUACUUACUGAGCGUGGAUAUUCAUUCACAACAACUGCUGAGCGUGAGAUCGUUAGGGAUAUCAAGGAGAAAUUGUGCUACGUUGCUCUUGAUUUUCAACAGGAAAUGGCAACUGCUGCGGAAUCUAGUGCUCUUGAGAAGAGCUAUGAACUUCCUGACGGACAAGUCAUUACCAUUGGCAAUGAACGCUUCCGGUGUCCCGAGGCGAUGUUCCAGCCCAGCUUCCUGGGGAUGGAGUCCUGUGGAAUUCACGAGACGACUUACAACUCAAUAAUGAAGUGUGACGUCGAUAUUCGUAAAGAUCUGUACGCAAAUUCUGUUCUCUCAGGUGGUACCACCAUGUAUCCGGGUAUUGCCGACAGAAUGCAGAAGGAGAUCACUGCACUUGCUCCUUCAACCAUGAAAAUUAAGAUAAUUGCACCACCAGAGAGGAAAUACUCAGUAUGGAUUGGUGGCUCGAUCCUGGCGAGUCUCAGUACAUUCCAGCAGAUGUGGAUAUCAAAGCAGGAGUACGACGAGUCCGGGCCAUCAAUUGUCCAUAGAAAAUGCUUCUAAGCUCCAGUAAAUUCCCUCUGUCCCCCAGACCAAAUGUUUAAUCAAAAUAUAAUUAUUUAUUACUGACUAAUCAAGGUUAUUAAUUCGUCAAAUUAAUUUAUAUCUUUCUUCGUUCAAUUAAUUGAAUCUUUACGGGGAAUUUACUGCUAGGAUGUAUUUAAAAUUUUGAAUAUGUCAGGCUUUAUUAUUUUUUAGUGGUAAUUCAUUCAUUUUUAAGAGCCUUAAAGUGUAAGUGAAGAUGUAUCGCAGUUUGAAAUAUAAUUUGCACUGUUUCAAUA